AUGGAGGAGAAGAAGUUCGAGGAGCCCACCGUCCAGGCUGGCGGCGAAGGGCCCCCAGCCUAUGGCCAACACUCCGAUACGAAACGAGGCUUCGGCCAGCGAAUUGUGGACAGCUUCAGAAGAGACCCAAAUCAAUCUGUCACUGGUGGAAGUCAUGGAGCUGAUGGCUCUGGCUUCGAUAUUGAGACUGCCGCCCAGAAUACCGCCAACUCCCCGCUGCAGCGUAGCUUGAAGGGUCGUCACUUGCAGAUGAUUGCUAUUGGUGGUUCUAUUGGUACUGGUCUCUUCGUCGGUUCUGGAAAGGUCCUGUCUGUUGGUGGUCCAGCGUCCGUUAUUAUUGCCUACGUUUUGAUUGGAUGCAUGCUUUAUUGUACAGUUCACGCCUUGGGUGAAAUGGCAGUUCUCUUCCCCGUUGCUGGUUCUUUCGCCCAUUAUUCAACUCGUUUCGUGGAUCCUGCCUGGGGUUUCGCUAUGGGCUGGAACUACGCUCUUCAAUGGCUGAUUGUCUUACCUUUGGAAAUCGUCGCUGCUUCUAUAACAGUCGAGUAUUGGAAUUCAGACAUAUCGAACGCUGCUUGGGUUUCCAUAUUCUGGGUCCUGAUUGUCUCGAUCAAUAUGUUCGGUGUCCGAGGCUAUGGUGAAGCUGAAUUCGUCUUUUCCCUCAUCAAGGUCAUUGCCGUCAUUGGAUUCAUUAUCCUCGGAAUUAUCCUCAACUGCGGUGGUGGCCCCGAAGGUGGUUACAUUGGCGGUAAGUACUGGAAUGACCCAGGUGCCUUCCGAAAUGGUUUCAAGGGACUUUGCAGUGUCUUUGUCAAUGCCGCAUUCGCCUUCGCUGGAACCGAGCUCGUUGGUCUCGCUGCCGCUGAAACCGCCAAUCCCCGCAAGUCCCUCCCCACUGCUGUCAAGCAGGUCUUCUGGCGUAUCGCUCUGUUCUACGUUGUCGCCCUGACUGUCGUCGGCCUUCUCGUGGCACAUGACGAUCCCAAGCUCCUCAGCGGAUCUUCCUCCGCCGAUGCCAAGGCUUCCCCCUUCGUCAUUGCCAUUGAGCAUGCAGGAAUCAAAGUCUUGCCUUCGAUUAUGAACGUCGUUAUCAUGAUCGCAGUUUUGUCUGUCGGCAACUCCUCUGUUUAUGGAUCCUCACGUACUCUUGCUGCUCUUGCUGAGCAGGGCCAAGCCCCCAAGUUCCUGACAUACAUUGACCGCAAGGGUCGUCCUUUGCCGGCAAUUAUUAUUGCCUCUGCCUUGGGUCUGCUUGGCUUCCUCGCCGCUUCGGACAAGCAAGGUGAAGCCUUCAACUGGAUGAUGGCCAUCUCGGGUCUGUCCUCCAUCUUCACUUGGGGUUCCGUGUGCGGUGCCCACAUCCUUUUCCGCCGCGCAUGGAAGCAACAGGGCCACAGCUUGGAUGAACUGGCCUUCCAGUCCCAGCCUGGUAUCAUUGGCUCAUGGAUCGGCUUCCUCUUCAACUGCCUCGUCCUGAUUGCCCAGUUCUGGGUCGGAUUUGCCCCCGUUGGUUACGCCGACAUGUCCUCCAGCGAAAUUGCUGAAGCUUUCUUCGGUGUCUACCUGGCUGCGCCCGUCGUGCUUCUGUUCUACAUCAUUUACAAGAUCGUCUACAAGACCAAGUUUGUUCGCACUUCCGAGGUGGAUUUGGUCACCGGUCGUCGCGAGCUUGAUAUCCAGCAUUUGAUCGAGCAGGAGCGACAGGAGCAAAAACUAUGGCCUGCAUGGAAGAAGGCUUACAAGUUCUUCUGCUAA